AUAGGAUUGGGUCUUGGCUGAACCUUAACCCCAUUGGUCCCCCACUCAACUUCUGCUCAUCACCAUCCAAUGGCAUCCAACUGUUUGCCGCUGACACCUUCACCAAUGGCUCUUUCCGGUGGCACCGCCACCUCCUCCGCCACUCCUCGUCUCCUUUCACUUUCUCCUACUACCACAACUAGACCUUCUUCUCUCUCAGUCCACUCUCUCUCUUCCUCUUCUUCUUUUGCCGCUUCUCUCAAAUGUCUCAGAUUAUCUCAUCAGAAACGAUCGAAGCUUCAUGCGUCCAGUGGUAAUUUUGGCACAGUGGUCACCACAAAAUGCUUUACAUCUGACCCCGACCAGCUCAAGAGUGCUAGAGAAGACAUUAAAGACGUCCUGAAAACUACCUUCUGUCAUCCUAUUUUGGUACGCCUAGGAUGGCAUGAUGCUGGUACAUACAAUAAGAAUAUUGAAGAGUGGCCUCAAAGAGGUGGAGCUAAUGGCAGUUUAAGGUUUGAAGUUGAACAGAAACAUGCAGCCAAUGCUGGGCUUGUAAAUGCACUUAAGCUUCUCCAGCCUAUCAAAGACAAAUAUGCAGGCAUUACUUAUGCGGACUUGUUCCAAUUGGCUAGUGCUACAGCUGUGGAGGACGCUGGAGGUCCCAAGAUCCCUAUGAAGUAUGGACGAGUUGAUGUCUCUGGACCUGAACAAUGUCCAGAAGAAGGGAGACUUCCAGAUGCUGGUCCUCCUUCACCGGCUGCGCAUUUGCGUGAAGUCUUCUACAGGAUGGGAUUGACUGAUAAGGAUAUUGUUGCAUUAUCUGGUGCCCACACUUUGGGGAGGUCCAGACCAGAACGCAGUGGCUGGGGCAAGCCAGAGACCAAAUAUACGAAAGAAGGGCCUGGAGCUCCAGGGGGACAGUCUUGGACAAUAAAGUGGCUACAGUUUGAUAAUUCCUACUUCAAGGAUAUCAAAGAACGGAGAGAUGCGGAUCUACUGGUAUUGCCUACAGAUGCUGCCCUUUUUGAGGAUCCAUCGUUUAAGGUAUUUGCUGAUAAGUAUGCGGAAGACGAAAAAGCAUUUUUCGAUGACUAUGCUGAAGCACACGCCAAACUCAGCAAUCUUGGAGCUAAGUUUGAUCCCAUCCAGGGAAUUUCAAUUGAUGAUGAACCUGCAGCAGCAGCAGUCCCUGAGAAGUUUGUAGCGGCCAAGUAUUCAUCGGGAAAGGAAUAAAAACCCAAGAAACUAUCUUGUUUUCUUAAGCCAUAUCUUUAAAAUAAUGCAAGAAUGAAGCUAUGAUCAAAUAAAAGUUGGGAGUCUUAUUAACGGAGAUGGUAAGUUCGAUGAGCAUUUGCUUAUUUGAAUUUGCAGAGGGAGCUUUCAGCUGCUAUGAAACAGAAGAUUCGUUCAGAGUACGAAGCUGUUGGUGGAAGCCCCAAUAAGCCUCUGCAAUCUAACUAUUUUCUGAACAUUAUGAUUGUGAUAGCUGUUUUGGCACUUUUGACAUCCCUACUUGGUAACUGAUUCCAUUAUUGGCAUGUUUCUACAAUUCUCGUCGUUUUUGGUUUCGUUCAACAGUAUGGAGAGAUGCAUUAGUUGGUGUCGUUAACGCCGAUGUUUAGACAAGGCAUUCAACUGCUAGAAUUGCAUUGAGCAAUCUUUUUGUUAUAUACUUAUAUAUAUGAAAAAUGGGAUUUCUUCACCAGUAGAACACCGUAUGUCCCAUGAUACAUAAUGCAUAAUGUUUUGAUAAACAUUGGCGUUCGGUACAGUUUGCAUAUAUCUCGACUAAUCCUGUGGGACCCUGAGAUUAAUAAGGCAAACCUUUUACUGGCUGAGGGGAUUUAAACUGAUGAGCUAUUUGGAGCAAGGUACUGAAUAGGUACAUGUGUGUAAUGUGCAUUUGUGCUUAUGAUGGUUUACUCUUUUGUUGUGCCAUAAUGAAAUUUGAUAACA